AUACAAGAUAUUUUGACAGUGACAUUACGUUUUAAGAAGAUCGAAUAUAUAUUUUGCAAAAGGAUUUCAAAAUUGUUAUUAUUGCGGGCCCGAAAACCCUAGAAAAUGUUGGCACGAACUUUAGUUUCGAGAGCCCUUUUAUCUAGAUCCGCAAAAGUAGCUGCCGACCAUGUUAAGCAAGUGAAGAGAAACGCAGGACAUGGGGUUUGGACAUACCGAGUACCACCUCCUUUACCUUCCAAAAGAUCGUUAUGUUUAGCUCAAGUGCUUGGGGGACUCUGCUGGUACUGGAUUCUUUAUCAUUGUGCAACCGAACCGGAACAUAUUUAUGGUGAAUGGCCUUAUAUUGAUCCCAUCACUUGGACCGAUGAAGAGCUGGGCAUCCCUCCGGAUUCUGAAGGACCAUUGAGAAAGUAAUGGAGAAAUGCCAGAAUGGAAGUGAUUGAUUACUUUAGCAAAAUAUAGUUUAAAGUCUUUGUUAUUUAA